GGCCAUGAAAAAGAUUUUGGAAUAUUAUGCGGCUAUCUGCCCGUCGCCCAUCGAAAUGACAGCGCCUCAACUCGUGAACUCAGCGGAAGAGCCGGUCUAUAAAAAGGUUUUGCAUGCUAAUCCGAUCUUGGAAAGUUUCGGUAACGCCAAAACUGUGCACAACAAGAAUUCUUCCCGCUUUGGAAAGUUCACGGAGCUCCAGUUUGAUUCGCUGGGCGCAUUCUUCGGAGCAAAAUUUUGCGAUUAUCUACUCGAAAAAACUAGAAUUAUACACCACUCCUUCGGUGAGAGAAAUUAUCACAUAUUCUAUCGACUGCUGCAUGGCGCGGCGCCUCCCGAAAAAGCGGCUCUAAGGCUGACGGGCAUGACGGCCAAUGACUUCUUUUACACAAGCAUGGGCUGUUGUGUGACUGAUCCUGGGCUGGACGAUGUGGCAGACUACAUCGAGCUAAAGACCUCUCUCGAACUUUUUUUGUCGCCGGUCUUCAUUGAAAGCUUGUGGAAAAUAGUGGCCUCCAUAUUACAUUUGGGGAACAUAAAAUUCGAGAGUGGGGCGAACGAAUCUGUCAUUCGCUUGCUGGAUGAAAAACCGCUUGUUUAUGCUGCUGAACUGCUGGAGUUAGAUCCCUCACUUUUGGAGCAGCUGUUUUUAACUCGUGUUACUGUCGUCGGUAAGGAAGUGUACACCAACCCUCGUAGAAUAAAGGAGGCUAUUGACACUCGCAACACAUUCUGCAAGUCCGUGUACGCACGCUUGUUUAAAUGGGUAGUAGCGAGAUUAAACGACAACAUGUGCGUGGAGACGCCCUCUUAUUUUAUCGGGAUUCUCGAUAUUUUUGGCUUUGAAAUUUUCAAGUACAAUUGCUUAGAGCAGUUCUGCAUCAAUUACGCCAACGAAGCAUUGCAAAACUUGUUUAACGAAUAUAUAUUCAAAAUUGAGCAGGAACAGUAUAAAGAAGAAGAACUUAAGGUGAAACCCAUACAGUAUGUUGACAAUGUCGCCUGCUUGGAACUUAUAGCCGGGCAAAGGAUCGGGAUCUUUGACCUUCUUGAUGACCAGACUAAAAUUGCAACCGGCUCGAUAGAUCAUUUCAUGCACGGAGUUGAGCAAAAUCACAAAAAACAUCCCAACUUUGCUAAGGACAAGAAAAGACGUCACGCAUUUGUAAUCAAGCACUACGCGGGAAAGGUCACUUACGACGUUGUUAACUGGAUUGAUAAGAAUAUUGAGAGUACACCUACCGAGGUUCGGACGUUGAUCAAUACCUCUAAUAACCUUCUUCUGCAAGCCAUCUUCGUAGAAGCACUCGCUGGUGGUAUCGCGCCGCAACGAAGACCUUCGAUGUUUGGUGCGCCUGAGAGCGGUCGUCCCACCCGCGCACCUGUCACAAUCUCUGCUCAAUUUAAGGUAGUCUGAAUGGGCGAUAAUGAUUUAUAGGUAGUAAUGCAGGAAUUUCCCC